CCGCGCGAAUGGUUUCGUCCACCAUUCUCCGCAGUCUGCGUUGGGUGUGACGUCACUGAAACUAAAAGUGUACGAGUCGAGAAACUUCACUCAUGUAAAUAACGGCAAUUUGAAAGCAGUUACGAGAGCUUGUGAUAUAGACACAGAGUACUCAUAUAUUUAGUAAUACGUUUAAUCUUUAACAACAUGCCACGGAAAAAGCCAUUUAGCAACAAACAGAAGAAGAAGCAGCUGCAGGUGAAACGCGAGAGAAAGAGAGGCGACACAGGUUCUGGGCCAAGCAGCCGCAAUGCCAGUGUAGAACGGGGAGGUGGGGAGCGCCAGUCAGACACCUCAGAUAGUGAGACCACUGAUGUUAGAAGAAUAAAUCAGCAGCCCUUCGGCAGAGAAGGUAGACAUGACCCCAACAGAUUUCGACUGCACUUUGAGAAGGAGAGUAAAGAUGAGGUGGAGAGGAGGAAGAAGCUCGCCAUGGAGAAGGUGCUGGCUUUGGUCUCAGACAAAGAACUGGAAGUUCACAUCAACGACAUCUACCCAUCAGACAAAGGUCUUGACUUCCCGCGACGACCAUCUUGGACUUAUCAGAUGACACGUGACAGCCUAAUGAAGAAGGAGGAAAAGUCAUACAGAGAUUACCUAGAUGACUUGCACUCCCGCAACCCACCUGGCUCUCUCAGCCAUUUUGAGCACAAUCUGGAGACGUGGAGACAGUUAUGGAGAGUGUUGGAGAUGUCAGACGUUAUCCUGCUUAUUGUUGAUAUCAGACACCCGGUACUGCAGUUCUCUCCAGCUCUCUACCAUUACAUCACCGGAGAUCUUCAGAAGCAAGUCAUCCUGGUGCUGAACAAAGCUGACCUGUGUCCGCCCCCACUGGUGAUUGCCUGGAAACACUAUAUGACCUCUCAGUUCCCUCACCUGCAAAUAGUGUGCUUCACCUCCCACCCUGGACAGUCAUACAACACAGUACUCCAAAAGAAGAGAAUGAGGAAGAAGGCUGACUGGAAUCAUGCUGGAGGUCUCAUCGACAUCUUUAAAUCCUGUCAGGAGAUCACAGUAGGAAGAGUCGAUUUGUCCAGCUGGGAGCAGAAGAUUCAGAGAGAUGCUGUUGCUGAUCAUCAUGAUGGAGAGCAGCCGGAUGAUGGGACCGAGUCUGUGCUGGUGGAGCAUCAAAGUGACAGUGCUAUGGAGAUGAGCAGCCUGUCACAGGAGCUCUACAAAGAUGGGGUUCUCACGUUAGGCUGUAUAGGCUUUCCAAAUGUUGGAAAGUCAUCUAUUAUAAACAGCUUAGUUGGAAGAAAGGUUGUGAGCGUGUCUCGAACCCCAGGCCACACCAAAUAUUUCCAGACCUACUACCUCACCCCGACAGUUAAACUCUGUGACUGCCCUGGACUUGUCUUCCCCUCCCGGGUCAAUAAGGAGCUACAGAUCCUGGCAGGCAUUUACCCCGUGGCUCAGCUGCAAGAGCCCUACACUUCCGUUGGUUAUCUGUGUGAGAGGACCCCUUUCCUUUCUGUGCUGAAGCUCAAACACCCCAGUUUGGAAGAAAACAAGCCCCACCAAGGACAUCAGGAGUCUGAAGAGCUCAAAUGGACAGCGUGGGAUGUGUGUGAGGCUUGGGCAGAGAGAAGGGGCUAUAAGACGGCGAAAGCAGCUCGCAAUGAUGUUUAUCGUGCAGCAAACAGCCUCCUAAGGUUGGCAAUCGAUGGCAGAUUGUGCCUCUGCCUCAGACCACCUGGCUACAGCUGCCUGAGAGAGCACUGGGAAAAUCACCCGGACUUGCCAGAGAUUAUGGCUCUUCAAGGAAGGGCAACAGAAGAGGAAGAAACAGAAGAAAGGGAGGAUGAGGAGGAUGGAGAAUCCAGCACUGAGCCAGAGGAGGAGAGAGACCGAGAUGCAGACGAUGAUGAGGACGGAGACGAUGAAGAUGAGGGAUUUGGAGAUCCGAAGAAAGGGGACAAGAAGCCAUCUGGCUUCACGGUCAACAUGUUCAAUGUACUCCGGGAAAAUGAGUGCGAGUAAGAUGACAGGAAGAGAUGAGCUGGAAUAAACAAACUGAUCCACUCCUCCAACAUCUCCUCGUCUCCCCAGUUCAUAUUUCAUUCCUUGUUUUUGUUAAACCUUCAUUCCCUUAUGUUUUCUUGCAUUUCUACUCCUCAUGUAAUUCUUCACUGUUCAUUAUCAAAAUCUUUUCUCAACCCCUUCACCUUGUCGUAUUCCUCUGAGACAUGCAGAGUGUGAUUUCCUAUUCCAUGCUGUGCCUCUCCUCCGCUUGUUUAUCCUCAAGGCUUGAACUUUACCGUUGCUUCUAGAAACUCUUCUAGGUUUGCUUUGAUUUGAACUUUUAUACAUUACAUGUAGUUCUCAGAGACAAAUCAACAAAGGAAUACCCCUGAGCUCUAAUCAAACAGACUAUCUUUUCAUCAGAAAGUGACCUCACAGCUCAGAUGCCAAAGUUCAGGAAUGGAUGAUGAAACUGAUCAGAUGCACUGUUAAUAUGUCGUUCACUGGAGCAGCCUUUUGGCUCUCAAAGCAGCUGGAGAUGGAAAAAAUCUCUAAAUUUUCAUUAUAGAUCCUAAUAUUUGGGUUCUGGCUGUGGGAUGGAUUAUUGGAAAUACUAAACCAUAAAACCAAUCAACCAAUAAAAUGAACAUUUCACACAGUUUUGCAGCUACACAAGCUGCAGAGCUGUCCGGGGAUCAUUUAUCCUAACUUCGUUUUGGUUUAGAAUAUAUUUAAUGUGAGACUGAUGGUGUAUAUGGCUGAAAUUUCUGAUAUUUUUGGGGGGAGUGCAGGGAAAAAUGUGUUGAACCCUGCACUGCUUGGCAAGGGUGCAUCAGGAAUUAAACCUGUAGUCUUAAGUGCUGCAAUUUUCCCUGGAUGCUCCUCAAGACAUCCAGGAUUUAGUCCAGGAUUUGGCAAUACUCUCUCAGCAUGUUUAUAUUGUAAAGGCAGUAUGGGUGGUCUGAUCCAACUGGGACUGCUUUAAAAGUCAGUUUAAGGGAUGCUUUGACCACUUUUUGAAAAUGUUCUAAUUUGCUUUCCUGCCAAGAUCUGUAUUUAUAGUGUAGCACAAAGCCAAGAAACAGUUAGCCAGUUUUCCAGUUUUCAAGGGGCCAGAUGCAUAAAUGACAUGUUAAAAAUCCUUUAUAAGUCUAUUCCUACAUCUACAUCACUAAAUAUUUGCAGUUGUACGUUACGACAGUGUUGGAGGACCUUGGUAAUACAGCUUUAAGAAAGGAACGAGUAUUUACAGAUUGUUCAGACACAAGAUGCCAGUAAAAGUCGUGUACUGCUGAAUGCUUCAAGGCAAAUGGUGAACUCGCCCUCCAUCUGUGCAUCUGGAUCUCCCUCCUGAUCACUUCUAUGCAAAGUCAGAUGAACAAAUGCUGAUGUUUUUCAGCAAAAGUGCUUUUUGACCUUUUUAUUUUGUAACACAUCUUUUUUUUUGUUUCUAUGUCUGAAUUUAGAAAGUUGAUUUGAUAUAAGAGACUAAUCCUUCUCCACUUGUUUUGCUCAUUACUCCAGAAGCGAGAUGAAAAAAUAAAACUUAUUUUAUUUAUCCCUUGUUAGUGAUGAAGGUCUCAGUUUCACGGUCAGUGCUUCUUCUUUGCUUUGUUGUUUUCAUUUUUGUCUCUAUGUGUUAAUUUAAAUGAUGCAAACAGUAUUCCUCUCUUCAUUUUCUAAGUUAAGUAGCUUGCAUCUUUUCAUUGCUGUAAAGGGGAGUCUAAAUCUGAAUUUUGUGGAAAUUAAUACAAUUCAUGAUGAUUGAGAUUUAUGAAACAGCCAUAUUAACACUCAGCUUCUACUCUUUGUGUCUACACAGUUUUAAUCCUGGAGCAACUGCGUUUUAUGCAUCUGGCCCCAUGAAGUUGUUAAGCUACCAGCAGAUAGUAAAAAUAAAUAAAUCCCAAUAAACCCAGACAUUAUAGCGCUUUCUCAUAAAUGUUGUAUGCAAAUUAGGAAAGUGAAAAAAAAGAGGGGGGGGGAUAAAGAUGCAUUUGUUGUUUUUUUUUUUAUGGCGCAUGGCUACCUGGUUUCCCUCGUUUUGCAGUCUUUGCACUAAACAGACUGGUAGCUGCAACUGUGUUUACAAAGCGUAGACACUCAAGGCAAUAAAUUAACACAUUUAACAAAAUACAGGAUAUUUCUUAAUUUAAAAAAUGAAACUAUGUCCAUCUCUUUUCCCAUUCCUCCAGAAUGAUUUAAUCUAGAAAAAGCUCGUAUCUGCCGUUUGCCUCUGUUUCUUCGUUUUGUGAUGGCUCCGCUGCAGUCCUGAGUGCUGUUUGGUUGCGUGCUGUCGUGCCUCCUUCAUAUGUCCACUUAGGGACCUCUGCAGUGUUGUGUUACUGUGUAAUGCACCACACUCCAGCCGUAUCUGGUCAUUUUCUACCGUCAGUGCAAUAAAAGUGUACAUCAAACACUACCAUGCUGUUAGAAAUAACAGAGUUUUAGUUGUACUAUUGGGGAUUUUUUCCCCCUUUGUUUUUUUGUUUUGUUUCCUGGAAAUAUUAAAAUCCUCUGGAGAGUGUAGUGUGGGUGUAAAAGCUUGAGGUGUGUUCAAGCUGUUUGCUGCAUUCCUCAUUUCAUUCAUUACAUGCUUAAUGAUGGCUGAUCUGCUGUCUAUUAAUUAAAGACAAAAAUUG